AUGUCGAGGUCUCCGAUUGAAGCACCACAACAUGUGCUAGCUCUUCUGAACAAGCUUCACAAACUCUCGAUCGAGCAGGAAGAUCGAAUCAAAGGCGAUAAAGCUCGUUUCGUUUCAACAGACGCCUCUCUCGACGAUCUGAUGCGUGAUAAAUUCAUCGCUCUCGACGAAGAUAAAUGUCACUUUGUCUACCAACUCAUCCGUGCGAUGGGCGCCACGAGUGUCAUCGAAGCUGGAACCAGCUUUGGUGUUAGUACCAUCUACCUCGCUCUUGCUGUUAGAGAGAACAAGAAAAGCCGAGAUGGAGCCAAGGUCAAGCCCGGGGUCAUUGCUACGGAGAAUGAACCGAGUAAGGCAGCUAGAGCGCGUCAGCACUGGGCACAAUGCGGGUCUGAAGUAGAAGCAGAAAUCGAUUUGCGAGAGGGCAAUCUCCUGGAAACACUGGCUACGGAUGUAGAGCAGGGAGUUGAUCUGCUUUUGCUCGAUAUAUGGACACCUCUCGCUUUACCAACGGUCAAAGUCAUCCAAUCAAAGUUGAGGCCUGGAGCGGUGAUACUGACUGAUCACACACUCACGGCUGCUGCCGGUUAUAAGGAGUUGUUGGACUACUUCGAAGCACCGGACAGCGGUUUCCAUAGUUUAACUCUUCCAUAUUCAGGUGGCUUCGAGAUGACAGUGUAUAACCCUCGGAAGUAG